UACAGCUGCUCUUGCGGCGUGCAUAUGUAACAAAUUUUUGUCUUGUUUGCUAAUAAGAAUUGUACAAAAUCCAGAAAAAGCAUGGCAGCCACAACAAAACUGACACUGUGGCCUAAACUGUCGCAGCAGCUCAUCCGCCUUAUAAACACCCAGCCCGCACUUCACUCCAACUUUCGGUCGUCGAAAGUGGUGGAGCCCCUCGACCAGUACCCGGAAGUUGAAAUAGUGCACAAUGCACCCGAAUGGAAGUACGUGGAGCGUCUACUACCACCUCGCAUAGUGCCACAGCCAAAACCAAAGGAGAGUUAUCCUUCUGGGUGGCAGCCACAAACAGCAAACGCUUCGGAGCGAUCUUACUAUAUUGCACGCACAAAGAAUCAUAUGGUGCCCGUCUAUCUACACACACGGUUCAGGGGCCAGCGACGAUUGACCGUGGUCCGACGCGUUCAGGGCGAUAUUUGGGCACUGGAGCGCGACCUUCGUGCGGUUGUUGAAAGCGCACGUAAUGGUAAGCUGUGCGCCUCUCGGGUCAACGAGCUGAGUGGACAAAUUUACUUCCAUGGCGACUACGUAGACGUGUUGCGUGAUCACUUGAAGUCACAAGGUUUCUAGCUAGUUACAUUUCUUUGUCCAUUGCUCAUUGUUUUAAUUCAAUACACAUAAAGAAUACAGUUACAAAAAAAUCAUA